UCUUCCGCCACCCCAAUGCGCACUCGCAGCUCCGCCUUACCGAGCCGUGCUCCCGUCGCAGGGCGGUGCGGGCAGCGCGGUGCUGCCGGCAUGGGGCCGCCGCGGCUGCCGCUGCUGCUGUGCUGCCUGGCGCCGCUCCUGGUCUCCCCCGUCGCCGCCGAGUUCAGCCCGUCCCUGGACAGCGACUUCACGUUCACGCUGCCGGCCGGCCGCAAGGAGUGCUUCUACCAGCCCAUGCGCAAGGAGGCCUCGCUGGAGCUCGAGUACCAGGUUUGAGAUGGAGCAGGAUUAGAUGUUGAUUUUUACCUGCUCUAUCAAAAAGGUGAAACUUUAGUUUUCGAUGAAAGGAAAUCAGAUGGAGUUCAUACGGUGGAGACAGAAGAGGGGGACUACAUGUUCUGCUUCGACAAUACAUUCAGUACCAUUUCUGAAAAGGUGAUUUUCUUUGAACUGAUCCUGGACAAUAUGGGGGAAGAAGGACAAGAUCAAGAGGACUGGAAGAAGUAUGUUACAGGCACAGAUCUUCUGGACAUGAAACUGGAAGACAUUCUGGAAUCCAUCAACAGUGUCAAAGCCAGAUUGAGCAAAAGCGUCCAGAUCCAGACCCUGCUCAGAGCAUUCGAAGCUCGUGACCGAAACAUACAAGAAAGCAACUUUGACAGAGUGAAUUUCUGGUCCAUGGUCAACUUGGGAGUAAUGGUGGUGGUAUCAGCUGUUCAGGUUUACAUGUUGAAAAGUCUCUUUGAAGAUAAGAGGAAAAGCAGAACUUAACAUUCAGUACAAUUGUAACAGUGUAAUGUGGUAGGGGAGGGCAAGAAACUGAUCUAUGUAAGAAAAAAAAAAGAGAAACCUCUUUGAGUGUCUUUUGAACAGGCAGUAACCACAUCAGGUUUUCAAUUCUUAUGUGUGUUUUUUUGUUUGCUUGUUUGUUUUCAGAUGAACAAAAUGCCUUGUCCCAAGUUCUUCCUUUUUUUUUUGCAGCUGCUAUUAACACUUUUUAUGCUUAUAGCAUUUGUUAAUGAUUGUUACUGAGUAGCUUCUGAACAGUACACAGGAUGGUUGGUACAUACGCAAAGUGUUGGUAAUUGUUGGGGUGGUUUUUUUCCAUGUUCAUGUAAAAUUUUAGAUCUGAGUUUGUUUGCUGGUUAACAUUGAGCAAACUUACACAUGUGCCUAAAAACUCAAGAGGAUCGUAGCCCACAGGAGUAGUCUGGUGACAGUCACUUGUUUUCAACGUUAGGUGUUUUUAAAAAUCUUCAGCCUGUAGGGUACAGCAUCACUUAGAAACACUGGGCUCACAUUGGGAGAACAAAAUGAGAUUGUUUUUUUAUUAUUUUAAUAUAUAGAUUAACAUCAGCACUUUAAAAGAAUCACUGUCAGUGUGAAAGUGAUGUUGAAGAGAACUGGAGAAAAUAAGUGAUUUCUGUUGAAAACGUCUUCUAUAAUUGUACAGCCCUUUUUUGUCUGUUACAUGAGACUCGAGACAGCUAUAUCAUACACAGAUAAAAGCACACACACCUGGAAGUGUGGGUUAUCAACUUCUACAUAAUCAUAACCUCCUGUCAUAGUAUUUUUUCAAGUAGUUAUUUCAGAUGUUAUUUCUUAUCCCUUUAAUAAAGGGAAAAGGGACAUGGUAUGUGAAAACAUCACUUUUUUUUUUUUUUUAAGUCUCAAAAAUCCCUUUUAUUUGCCAUUUUUUUUUUGUCUAGUACAUAUCUAUGACUAACUCAGCAGUUAAUCAAGUGAUUUACAUAGGCAUCAAAAAACAAAAGCUGUUCAAUUAAGCUUUCUCCUUUUGCUUAAAACAGCAACUUUUACAUGUGUGAGUCAAGUAAGCAGUGUUUGUUUAUCCAGCUGUUUAUAUAAAUAAGAUGUUAAGUGAGCAAUAAAUACAGGAUUCAAAUUUCCAAUGACUGUGCAGAUUCCAGAUAAAACUGCUUUAACAGUGUAGUAAAAUUAUUGAGUAUUUUUGCAAAAACCCCAGUGUGUGACAGUUAAGUAGUUUAAAAAAAAAGAGUUCAAACUUACUCAUUUUUACAGCAUGCCAAGUCACUGAAUUCCUGUAUAAAUGUGUAAAGACAGUAUAUGUAUAAGCAUUGUGCCUGUUCUUGGUUCUAGGCAUCAACAGCAGGAUUGCAAUUUUCAGACUUCCUGUGAAUAAAAGUAAUUUAAUAAAGAAAAUACAGGGUCACCAUACAAAGAAACACUUGCUUCAGAUGAAGCAGAUGCUAGUAAGGGCUACAGUACAUAGAAAUGCCACUUCAACUUUAGACAGGGGGACCUAGCAAUAAUAUCUCAAGCAAUUUCUUUCACUAGAAUUAUUAUUCCAUUCAGAACUUCUUCUAGAUAACUCCAAAAGCCACUGAGCUACCUUUUCCUUCAAGAAAAGCUAUGUCCAAAACAAGAGUGUUUCUCUUCACAUGCUGCAUAUCUUCUCUUUCCCCUUAAUGCUGUGAACUAAAAAGUUUAUUCCUGAGAUCAAAAUGAAGUCUAAGAAAUGUUAAUUAUUUUGGAUGAAGUAGCAAAUAGAAUCGUACUGCCAUCUCUCCAUGCAUCUCCCACCACCAUUACAUACAUGUAGCUGUGUUAGGACUCAUUGGAGUCAACUUGUGAGCUAUUGAUCAGGUCCCAUCAGGGCAAGAGAAAAAAAGAAGAUUCUUAGGGAUCUGUCCCUUUUGCUAAAAGAAUCUUCACUAGCAUCACAGCACAAUGCUACAAAGCACCUACAAAAUGCUGAACCAGCUCAGUGAAGAUCUAACCAAGACAUCUACCUCUUACAUCAAAGCUACUGGAUUCCAGCUUUCAGCUUAGACCUGCAACAGAUGAGCUGCCACAUUUUGCAGACACCUCAAUGGAUUAGUUUCCCCUGCAACUCUGCUGUGCCUCUGUGAUAGAGGUUAUAUAUCCAUUAGCAAAACAGGCAUGUGUUGGCACAUCAUUUAUCUUCGUUCAGUCUGGUUUAUUGCCUUAAGUAGCUCAUGAAUGAAGAUCUCUCUGAUAAGGCAAAAUUGAACUUCAGCAGUUUCUCUUAAUACAGCCAGUCUCUGGUAGAAGAAAAAUACAACUGUCAGCAAAGUUGACAGUUAGUUUUGUAACUAAGAAAGCUUACUGUAUUUUCUCCCUCUUCAGGGCUUGCUGUAGAAAACCAUGGAGCAAAAGGUUGUAACUGCUUUGAUAGUGGCAGCUGAAAGAUGUGUAUUACAGGUGAAGGAUCUGGUGUUUAAACUUGCCAUUGAAUAACAUUUCAUUUGGAUUUUGAAAAGUAGAUUUCUUUUGACUGUAUAAAAUUUAGAAAGGACAUUUUUUUUUUCUUAAUGGUAUUUGUAUUCAGAAUUAAACAUUUUAAGACUUUCGGAUGUUUAAUAAAAUUAUGCAAACCCCUGAGAUUUUCAAUAAAUGACAUUUAAACCUG